GGGCACCCACCGGUCCAGUCCACUGCCCAGCCCUGCCUCCUGAUCCCAGUGGGUCCUACCCAUUAGCUGCGUUCCCAGCCCCGCAUUCGGCUCCACCCGGUCACCCCGGAAUCCCCCGCAGUUCACACACACUGAACGCCCCUCGCAGGCUGCCCACUAGCCAGCACGGACGCACCCUCUGUAAUGCCAGGCUUCUUCCCCCGCAGCGCAUCUCCCGUCUCACGCUCUGACCACCUAGCGCCACAGCCUCCCAAAGCGUCCCCAUUGCUCCUCCUUCAGAACACAGCAGCAGCUCCUUAAUUUUCUGGCAUCGUAAACGCCUUUGAAAUGUGAAUGGUCGUCCUCCGCCCCAGAAAAUGCACAGUGCGGGACCAGAACAACUGUACUUCAUCACCAGCCCCAAGUGUUUCUAGUUCUUCACCCUCCAGCUUCUAGGACCAGGUAUCACUUAAAAAAGCCAGAGGGGCCGAACCUCAGUUCCCGCAAUGGGCCAAGUGGAAUUUGAGCUGGCCUGCGCCACUCUGAAGCAGUUGAAGGGCCCUGUGAGUGAUCAGGAGAAGCUGGUGGUGUACAGCUUCUACAAACAGGCCACCAAGGGCGACUGCGACAUCCCUGCCCCGCCUGACACAGACGUGAAAGCCAAGGCCAAGUGGGAGGCAUGGAAUGAGAAAAAAGGGAUGACCAAGAUGGACGCCAUGAGGAUCUACGUUACUAAAGUAGAAGAACUGAAGAAAAAGGAAAAUGGUUAAGGAGGACAAAGAGUCAAACAAUGAAGUAGCAGGGCUCCUCUGGUAGGGAAAUGGGCUUCUUAAAAGACCUUGAAGACUGAAAUGUCCCGAAACCGUGGCUACCGAAGCUGAGACAUCAAUAAAUCUUUUAAAAACUGCACAAA